AUGGUGAAAGUGGCGCUCAUCGGGGCGUCGGGGAUCUUGGGUCCGCCGGUGAUCGAGGCGGCCGUGCUGGACACGUUUGCUGCCCGGAUCACCUACCCCAUUAAAGUGGUGUCUCGCUUCGUUCGCGAGAGCAAUCAUCGUGUUCAGUUUAUUACGGGGGACUUUACCCUGAAUCCCAGGGCCAUCGCUAAGGAAAUCAGUGAAUGUGACGUGAUUGUCGCCUUGACUCGCUCCUACCUCAACGUGCUCUGUCUGCUUAGCGAGAUUGUGUUGAUGGUGAGACCAAAACUAUACAUCCCCCCUCUGUAUGGACCUGAAACACUGAAGGUGGAACUGUACGCCCCUGGCUUUGGCGAACUGCUAAAUAAGCAUAUGCUGACUUUGAGACGCCAGGGAAUCCUGGUAGUGGAGAUUUGCGUGUCGUUAAUGGCAGUGCCCAAUCUGUUCUUGUACAACUGGGUAAGGUGCGUGGGCAUCGACACGAAGAUGAAGACGUUGGUACAACGUGGCCUGAUUGAUACACAAGUGUCAGUGACCACCCUAAACGAUGUCGCCCGCGUGAUCGUAGCGGUAGCGACGUAUCCUGCUCCUGACCAGUUGCCGCCAGUGAUCCUUGUGGAACUGGAAAAGAUCCUGCUACGACACAUCAUUAAGAGGUACCAGCACACUCACAACUGUCGGUUGACGGUGACCAGCUACUACACGAAGGAAAAAGCCCUCGAGCAGUUCGUUGAUUUAUGGAGCAAUGGAUUCUCUAUGGCCAGUACUCCUCUCUACAUUCAAGCCAUUGCUAGUCAAGGUCCCGACAAGGGUCUCUGCUUCAUUCAUACCCACAAUGAACUUCUUAAUCCACAACAACAAGUGUGGAAAUGGGAAAGGUUUUAG